GAGAAAGGAAAGAUCCACCCCACUUGAAUGGUUGUUUGCCACUGAUAUGGUUUGCCUUCUGUUCUUGUGCCAGCUGAGGGAUGUAACCAGAACAGCCCUUACUGUGCUCCCACAGCAGCCACAGCGUUUCCACACACUCCAGAGUCGAAGGUGCAGGAUGUGGAGACCCUGGACUUACACCAACCCUUUCCAAAGGCAGGAUGUUGUGCAGACUUUUAAAUGGCAGAGGCAAGGCAUCCCAUUUGGAGCUGCCACAUCCUAUGUACAUCUGGAGAAGCUGUGUGAGGGGUCCUCUGCAACAGUUUACAAGGGGAUCAGCAGGAUCAAUGGUCAGUUGGUGGCACUGAAAGUUAUCAGCCUGGUGACAGAGGAGGGAGUGCCCUUUACAGCCAUUAGGGAAGCUUCUCUUCUCAAGCAUUUGAAACAUGCCAACGUUGUACUGCUCCAUGACAUUAUCCAGACCAAGGAGACCUUAACAUUUGUCCUUGAGUACAUGCACACAGAUCUGGCACAGUACAUGGCCCAGCAUCCUGGAGGACUUCAUCCUUACAAUGUUAUGCUCUUCAUGUUCCAGCUGUUGCGAGGCCUGGCAUACAUCCACCAACAACAUAUUCUUCACCGUGAUCUGAAACCUCAGAACUUGCUCAUCAGCUGUCUUGGUGAGCUCAAAUUAGCUGACUUUGGCCUUGCUCGUGCCAAGUCCAUCCCCAGUCAGACAUACUCCUCUGAAGUGGUGACACUCUGGUACCGUCCUCCUGAUGUUUUGCUUGGAGCUACAGAUUAUUCUUCUGAUCUAGAUAUCUGGAGCGCAGGCUGUGUCUUUGUUGAAAUGAUCCAGGGGCAGCCAGUGUUUGCAGGCACUUCUACUGUUCCUGAACAGCUGGAGAAGAUCUGGACGGUAUUAGGGGUCCCAACUGAAGACACCUGGCCAGGACUUUCCAAGCUCCCCAAGUAUAAGCCAGAACUCGUUGCUUCCAGGAGACCUCAGAGACUUCGAGUGAUCUGUGACAGGCUGAGCAGGGUGCCAGCUGCAGAGGACUUGGCCUCCAGAAUGCUCACAGCCUUCCCUUUGGAGCGAAUCUCUGCACAAGAUGCCCUUCUUCAUGGCUUCUUCAGCCCUCUGCCUCCUCAGCUUUAUCAAGUGCCUGCUGAACAAUCAGUGCUCACAGUUCCAGCAGCGAGACUGCGACCUGAAAUCUGCGACCUGUUUACUUCUUAUCAUAAAGGACAUCUCUCAGAAAGUUCAAGCAAGUUUUGGUAGAAAGCAGAAAUGACUGGCUACUUCUUGGAUAAAUAUGUGGUUGCCACUACGAAAGCUGCUGCCAUCAUCCUUUAGCAUACAAAUCCUUUUAUGCACUGAAGGUUGGAAAACAGAACCAAUACCCACAGCUGGACCACCACAUCCCAGGCUGAGGACAAAAUGGGAAAUCUUCUCACAUUCAGAGAGAAGAGGUCAGCAAGCCAAUGGCCCCCAGUGCACAAUGCACAGUGGUAUCGUGGGAGGUCUGGGUUUGUUUUGUCAUAUUCCCGAAUCUCAGACCAGUGCCCUUUCCUCUGAUGCCUCCCCAGUCAAAAUAUGGUUUCAUUUCCACAUUGCUUAAACUGACCAAAUUGCUUUGUUUGCCUUUGUCUAUGUCUAUUGAAUUCACAUUUUAUAGCUUACUUGUUAUGAUUUAACACACAAUGGAAUUUGCUCACUGAAGUACCAGAAAUGACAAAGAGCUCUCCCCAGGGGGGAAAAGAGCAGUGUCGCAAUGGAUGCUAUGGCAAUGUGUAUUCUUCCAUUGGAGUGAUGAAGCCAUAGCUCCUCAUUUCUUGGGUUCAUCCUGUGUCAUAACAUCCUGCCACAGCGAGGCACUGAUCAGCAAACUGGAGUUUGUCACUGGAGUCAUAUUUUCCCUCAGAACUCCAUGCAAGGCUGUGGCUUGAAGCCACAUGUGGGUAUUUCUGAUGUGAUUUGGUUCCUCUGCUACAAGUCAUACUUGUGCUUCCUAUGCAUGUGCCAGAACCUGAGCUGAGCAAGGAAAAAUCCUUCCAGUUUGUAAUAUUCAUUAUUUUAAUUUAUCUGUACUUCAGUAGGAAUCACCUUAGAACAUUAUGGUUUUG